UUACAGUUGCCUUGCUGAAUUCACUUCCGCUCUUUCAGUUUGCGUAGUUUACGGGAAUACGAUUGGUGCAGCCCCACAACGCUCAAUGCGUACGGACACUACGCCAUUCUACUUAAGCUAGUUUGGGAAAAUGGCGGAGCUCAAGGAAGGGGACGCCGAGCAACUUCACCAGGAGGACGCCAAUAUAAAAGACACUGGGGCUGAUACUAGUAAGAUGCUUGCUGAAUCUGUGGAGCGUGAUCAAACGCCCACUCAAGCAGCAACUACUAAUCCAGUGAAAACAGAGGACAAAAAUGGACAGACAUCCUCCGCUGUCGUGUCAGAGAGACAUGUCUCUAUCCAAACCACACUGGAAGGGCUCGAAAUGCUUGUGGAUUUAAAUGGAGCCGGGAGAAAAUCUUGUCCAUUGUGUCCAGAAGAGAAAUUUAAGGCCUGUUACAGUCAUAAACUUAGACGACACCUGCAGAACCUGCACUGGAAAGUUUAUGUGGAAUUUGAAGGCCAAAGGAUGUGCAUCUGCCAUUUGCCUUGCCGACAACUCAAGUCCAGUCUAGGCUCUGACCAGACUCAAGGCAGACUUGUGGCUCACUACCACUGUGUGGUUUGCUCUGUCACUAUUGCUCGCAAGACAGACAUGAUCAGUCAUCUCAAACGCCACUUCAACAAGGGUGAGACAGAGGCCAGCUAUUCAGGCAGCUCAGAUGUACCCUUUGAAGAACCUGUCCCAUGUGGACAGGCUUAUGAGAUUAUGAAAGAAUUGGGCACCAAUGUCCAGCUCCUGCCCAACCACACCACACCCCAGAAGACAGACACCUACUUCAGCCGCAAGAUGAAGACAAACAGGCAGCUGGUGUUCUGCUCUCUCGCUGUUCUUGCUGAGGAAAGGAAUCCACUCGAAUGUCUCGAUGCCUUUGGAGCGACUGGUAUCAUGGGUUUGCAGUGGGCAAAGCAUCUGCGCAACUCUGUAAAGGUUACAAUAAAUGACAUAAGCGAAGCUUGCGUGAAGAUGAUUAAGGAGAAUUGUCAUCUGAACCACAUCCGAGUAGAGGGCGCUCGUACGGGCCGGCAGCUAGAUGGAGCGGGAGAUGCAGACUCGCCCAUUGCGUCCGUGGAGGUGGUGAAGAUGGACGCCAAUGUCAUCAUGCACCUGAGACCCUUUGACUACAUACACCUUGACCCAUUUGGAACAGCUGUAAACUAUUUGGAUGCUGCUUUUCGCAACGUUCGGAACCUGGGCAUAGUCUCUGUGACGUCGACAGACACCGGUUCGCUUUACUCUAAAUCCCUGAAUGUGACACUUCGACAUUACGGUUGCCAGAUAGUCCGAACCGAGUAUUACAGGGAACUCGCAGCACGUAUGGUAUUGGCAUCAGUGGCCAGGGCGGCCGCACGCUGCAACAAAGGGAUUGAAGUGCUGUUGGCCGCGGCUCUUGAGCACUUUGUCCUUGUGGUGGUCCGAGUUCUUAGAGGGCCCACCCAGGCAGACGAGUCCGCUAAGAAACUGCGGCAGCUGUUGCACUGCCAGUGGUGUGAAGAAAGGGUGUUCCUCAAGCCAGGAAGCAUGGUGGAAGAAAACCUGUACAGACAGCUGCCCUGCCAGUGCCAUGGGAGUAUGCCAGGAAAAACGGCAGUAGAGAUUGGACCACUUUGGGCUGGUCCUCUGUUUAACACUGGAUUUCUGAGGCGGAUGUUGGUGGCAACAGUGCAGCACAAUAUGGAAGACAUCCAGCCUCUGGUGAAGACACUCAUCUGUGAAGCUGACUGCACCACUUUCAAACCUUUCCCUGUCCCAGGAUUCUCUGCCUUCUCCAAUCAAGUGGAGUGUGGUGUGGUCAUAAAAACUUUACAGAAGGUUGAAGAGGCGGAUACAUCUGACCAGUCAGGGAAAAGAAAGACCACAGGGGAGGAAUGUGGGAAUGUGCUGAAGAAAGUCAAAUCAGAUACAUCUUUGGAGCAUCCAGCGUUCUACUACAGCAUCCAUCGGCACAGCAUCCGCGGCAUGAACAUGCCUAAGUUGAAUAAGUUCCUGCAGUAUCUCACAGAGGCCGGUUUCAGAGUGAGCCGCACACACUUUGACCCAACAGGCGUGCGGACCGACGCCACCCUGGCACAGUUUAAGGAAGUGCUUACAAAAUACAGUGUGCCUACCUACUCAUCCACCCCUCAGAGCAGCGCUGUCAGCUCAGACCGACGUCAAACUCUCUGACUUCAGAUACUGUGCAAUAGUUUGGAUAGCACAGAGAUCAACUGUGGCUAUUUUUAUUGAAGAGUUUUCCUGUUCAUUUUAGAAUUUUCCAAUGACAACUUGAGCAAGUUCUGGAUAAGAAACAACAGUUUCAUCUGAAUGAAAAGGGUUGUUACGAUUUUGUCGAUGUUUUUUGUGGAUUGCACUGAGGCUUUGACCCAUUAAAGGAUUAGUCCACUUUAAAAUAAAAAUUUCCUGAUAAUUUACUCACCCCCAUGCCAUCCAAAAUGUCCAUGUCCUUCUUUCUUCAGUCGAAAAAAAAAAAAUUAAGGUUUUUGAUGAAAAAAUUCCAGGAUUAUUCUGCCUUCUGUAUUCUUCAAAACGCUUACACUAUAUGUCCUACGCCUUCCCUAUUCUACUUGCGGAAAAAAACAGAACUGGCACCGCGUUAGUUCUGUAAGUUGAAUAGGGAAGGUGUAGGACAUACAGCGUAAGCUUUUUGAAGAAUACGGAAGGCGGAAUGGCGAAGCACUUGCAAGGCGAUCAUUUGUGUUUAUAAAGCAUAUACAUUUGUAUUUUUUUUAAAGAAAAUUAUCGAUUGUUUCACUAGAUAAAACUAAUUUUGACCUUUAACCGUUUGGAGUCCACUAUAAGGAGAAUAAUCCUGGAAUGUUUUCAUCAAAAACCUUAAUUUCUUUUCGACUGAAGAAAGAAGGACAUGGACAUCUUGGAUGACAUGGGGGUGAGUAAAUUAUCAGGAAAAUUUUAUUUGAAAGUGGACUAAUCCUUUAAGGGCUUCAUAGUAUUUGAUUUAUCAGUAUGUGUUGAUGGUGAUGCAGUAUUGACUGUUUGGUUUUUGAAUUUUUAAUUCCUAAAAAUAUUUAUAAAGACUCUGUCAAAGCUUUAUUGUUCUUACCUGAUGUGAUUUUUUUUUUUUUUUCCACUUCAUUUUUGCUUCAGUUCUUUCCCAGAUUGUGUUGUGUAACAUCAAUAAAACAUUUCACAUCA